GUGUGCCGUCUGCUGUCUUGUGAGAGACCAUUCGCGCUGUGUUUAUGUAGUCUGUGACAAAGCGCGCUACCGUUCGCGCGUAUUUUCAUUUGAAUUUCGAACGCGUUGUGUAUCGACUCUCGAAAAUAUUCUCAGUGUCCCAAGUAUUAAAUUUAUAGUAAUAAAAUGGCGUCUUUAUCUUAUAUUAUUGUGAUAGUGCUCAUAACAUGCCAACAAAUAUUCGCAAGUUAUCGUGACUGUUCGAAUUUUAAUGAUAUUGAGAAUUGCAACGAAUGUAUUAGGUGUGGUGGACAUUGGUGCAACGAUCCUUCUGAAAACAGGAGGUGUGAAAAGCAGCUUUACGAUUCGUGGUGUCCUCGUCAUCAUGAGAGCACAAUAUUCCAGAAGCAGAUCUCUGAAAGCGGACCUAAUAUCAACCCCAAGUACACACUUAGUAAUGUUAAGAUUGGAACUGAAGAAAGCUUGACGGUCACAUAUAAAUCUGAAAGCGAUGAUCCUAAGGUGGAUUUUGUUGUUAAUUCAACACAAAAUUCCGACUUUCAUGUUGAAAAACUUACGAAAUGUCAGGACGGUAUUUGCACAACCACGGUCCAAGUGUCACCUGACGUAAACUUUUGCUUAGCCGAUGGUCAGAAGUCGGAGUUCUUUAAUGUGAAGCUGAACGUAGAGGGAAUAGUUGAGGAAGCGGUGAUGAAGUUCCACGUGCCGUGUGCCUGCGCGUGCAGCGACAUCGUUGAAGAACGAUCACCAAAGUGUAACGGAAGAGGCAAUUACUCCUGCGGUGUCUGCACGUGUGAAAAAGGCCGGACCGGCAAGAUUUGCGAAACGGCGAUUUGUGAGAAAAAACGUGGUGAUAUGCCCUGCACGGAUUCAGCACGAAGUGACCUCGAAUGUUCCGGUAACGGUGUCUGCGGUGAUUGCGACGAGUGUGAAUGCUUCACAAACAAACCGGGCUCCCAGUACUUCGAUAAGGACAACUUUUGCGCGGACAUUUGCCUUGUCACAAACGAUUGCGACGAGUGCUUCCAAAACCCGAUACCAGGCCGGUGUGAUCUGUGCGACUUCCCGCUAUUCAGACAAACAUACAAUCAAACAUUAAUGAAGGAAAAAGAUGAUUUUAACAGAGAUGUCUGGGUGAGAUGUAAUGAUACUAUGAAUGGUUGUAACAUGGUGUAUGCAGCUAUGAAAGAUGCAAGUGGAGAUACCUUCUACAUGAUGAUCGACUCUUGUGAACCUGUACACGAGGAACAAGUAACUGGAAGCGUUAAUGUGACACUCCCCGUAGUCCUGGGUGUGCUAGCAUUAGUAGCAGCAGUGAUGGGUACGGCCGGUUACCUGGUGUGGAAGAACCGACCGCCCCCGAUGCAGCCUUUGGAUCCCAUGUACCAGAACAUUGGUGCCGAGGACUGUACCGGAGAGAACCCACUCUACAAGCCACCCACGUCAUCCUUCAAGAAUCCCACGUACGGGAAGUGGUAGUAAGAUGUUCCUGUGUACUAGGACUAAACCGUUGAUACACAUCAAUGUAUCCAUUCCACUGCCUGUGACGAACCGAUGGACAAAUUGCGAGCAUCCGGAUCGUUGCAAGUACUCUGUAUUAUAUAAUAGUAUAGUGUCUGUGAUAUUUAAGACGAUAGUGACUCACUGUUAUCGUGUUGUGGCCUCGGAGUGACGCUAUAGUGUAAGAAAGGUAAUUAGGAUUCUAUAUUGUUAAGCCAUUAACAUAUGAACAUACGGUUACUCAUGCCCAAGAUGAAUGAAUGACGGAAAAAAUCAAUCUAUCGUAGCAUACAUUGGCUAAAUUAAUGUAAUAUUUAAUCCUAUACGCUUAUUUUAGCUUAUUUAUAAGCAUUGGUCCGUCUUUUUGUUUAAGUAAACAUUUACGGCCCUACAAAUAAACUUGGUAUAAAGUUAUACAUGAGAACAAACCAAGAAUAUGCAAAAUGUUGACUAUAUCGCUGACAACACUGUCAAUAUAAUGAUAAAUUCCUUAAUAUAGAUUCCUUAAUUCUAAAGAUUCCCAAAUGUCAAUCAGCCUUGCAAAUAAACGCGGGAAACGUAAUACUUCCAAAUGAAUCAAGGCAAAUGUCUAUUAGUAAACAUUUUGCAUAUUCUUGGAUUGUGCUCAGGUAUAACUUUAUGCUAAUUUUAUUUGUAAGGCCGUUACUGUGUUAUUAAUAAACGCGAAGUAAAGUUAUUCCAAAUUUAAAACUUUUUGUCUUACCUUAGUCACUACAGACGUACAAGACAGGAAUGACAAGGAGAAGUAAUUUUGAAGUUGGAGUAACAUACCAUUACGUUUAUUAAUAAGACAGUUGAAGUAAGAAUGCUGAAAAAGCGUUAGGAACAUAAUAUGUUAAAAAAAAGACAUAAGAUUAAUUAUUAUAAUGAUCUUUUAGUAACCGCCUUUUAAGUUGAAUAACUCUAAUUUCGAUUUGAGAUCUUUGAAGACAUAUAUUGCUAGAAUACACUAUGACAUAGGUCAUAAGUUUUUAGUUUAUUUGGUGCUUGUAUUUAUAAAUAUAAUAUUUACAUGUAAACGCUCUGUCAGAUAUAAUUAUUAAAGGAUUAUUAUUUUAUAUCUCAUUUAAACUAUUUGGGUAUCGAUAUUUCUCGGUCUCUGAAAGCAUAUUAUUAAUUAUUAAGAUGCGACUGUAAUUCAAAAUUGAGAAAGCCAUAUUUAGAUAUAUAGAUAAUUAUUAUGUUUUUAUCAAUAAGUAGAUUAAUUUAGAUCUAUACUUCUGAUUUUAUUUUUUCAAAUGGUCUGUGAAUUGAAAUACGAUAUUUAUUGCAAUGUAAAUCAAACUAAAAUCUUAACAAUCGAACCUUUUAUAAAUUCGUUUCGGACUUCAGAGUAAUAAGUAUCGUAGAUAACGAUCUCCUUGUAUGAUAUGAAUCAAAGCAGUUCAAGAGAAAGCACACGGAAAGUAGGGUAGGGAGUUGUACAAAAGAACAUUGGGCGUUAUACACGCCGCAGCUUGCUGUGUGGGAGGCCCUAACUUAACCACAAACCCAGGGCUGUGCCUAGGUUAGGUGCUAACUUAGGCACUUCUAAAAUUGUAAUUGGACAUUAUUUUAUCCAGCUGUAGUCGGGCAUAAUACAUUCAUAAAUUCAAAAUCAGCGGGAACUUGGCAGACUAGGAGGGUGGGUACCACAGCGGUGCCUUAUUCUGCUAUCAAGUAGUUAUGUGCAAGCAUUACUGUUUUAGUUUGAUGGGCGCCGUAGUAAGUGAGAUGACUCAAAGUGACGGGCGCAAUUACGAUGCUGCUUAAAAAUUUUGGGGUUUUCGAGAAUCCUGAGCGGCACUGCAUUGUGAUUGGCAGGGUGAAUCACCUACUAUCAUUGUAGGAUUUGCUUUUCGUCACUUUUUCUCAUAAAAAUAAAAGUUGCAAAUAUAAAGAUACUAUCCUGUUUUUAAUAUUAAUAAAACAAUUAAUAUAAUGUAGAAUACUGCCAUUUAAUUAUUAACGUCCGCUAGACACUACAAUUGUUGUUUGAAUUAAUUUAACAGCAGGUUAGUGAUCGAUUAUGAAAAUCACGCUGGGUUUGACUUAUACCUGAGUAGCAGUAACAGGUGACAACCCUAACUUGAAAUCUGAAUAACGAGUUUUAACGCGAACUCUGACACAUCCACGAAAAAUGAUGUUACCGAUCAUAAUGUGUUAUUGUAUCGGUGGUCGGUAGUCGCUGGAGCAUUUUUUAUUUUUUCUUAUGAAUAAACACCGAAGAGAUUGUAAUUUGUGUCCGCAUUUAAAGAGAUUAAAUUAUAGCGAAUACAGAAGAGGCUAUAUAUUUUAUUAAUCUAAAUCUAGUUGAACUGUGAAACGAAUAUUCAAAUUUUAAUUAAAAAAUAAUUCAACUGUACACAUUCGUGUAAGGAAAUUAAUAUUGCUCAAGUACAGGUGUUUCAAAUAAUUAAACUGUUAUUUAAAAGAUUCCUUACUUAUGAAAUUAAGGUUUGCUUUCUUAAAAUCACAGUAAAAAAAUGAUUCUAGCUACGAGUAACUAAUAUUUUAUUUAUAAUUUAUUGAAGUACCUAGGCGUUACUUUGCAGAAAUCCAAAAUUAUUCAAAUGUUUUGACUUUUAUUUACUGUCAAUUCCGCCAACAUUUGUCUUCAAACAAUUCGAGACGUGUUACGCCUCUACACGAGGCAUCCUCAGGAGAUGUUGACUCGCUGAACUCUGGCACGAGACUUAGUUUUGGCAAGUAAACAUCUCCUGAGGAAGCCAAACUCUGGCUACAUCAAUUAUUGGCUUAUUUAAAUUAAUUUUAAGGUUAUAUAGUCUCAAAACAAUGCAAUUAUUGUAUUCGACUAUACAAAAGCAAUUUUAGAGAAAUUUUAUUUAUCAAUUAAAUGAUUUCUAAAUGCACACCUAUUUAAUUUAUAAGUAUCCUAGUAUUCGUAGAGUUGUAGAUAAUAAUUUAUAAAUUAGGCUAUAAGACUGCCUCGUACUUGAUAUACAAUGUAAAUAUAUUGAUAUAAUAUUAUUAACCUCCUUCGAUAACCUUAAGUUUAUGUUAUUAAAGUUAAGUUAGCGCAGUUAUUCAUUGUUCUUUACUUUCAUCACAUUAUUUGUAUAAAAUCAUACGUCACUUGAUAUCUUCUUAUAAUAUAAUGAUAAAUUGAAUCUCUUAUGUGUGGUCUAAUUGUAUAAUCGUAGAUUUUGAUACGUUUUGUAAUACGAACGAAUGAUUAACUAGUCAAUAAAAAUUGUAAUACACUU